UCCAGAUUGAUGUAUAAUAAUUUUUUUUUGCAGCGUUUAAGUUCUGAUGCAGCCCAAAUUUUUCAUGACACAGCUGGAUGGAAAUGCCUUGAAACAAGUAUGAAGUGUCUUCAGUUUAUGGUUGAUGGCUGUGGAGAGAAUUUUAAACCUUUUAUUACGAAUGAUUUCUUAGAGCUUCUUUUCCAAACUUUGUCACACACUAAUAGAUUUGUGAGAGAAACUGGAUACUAUGUUCUAGGCUCAUUAGUUAGCUGUGGAACAUCUUGUAAAGGAAGUGCUUACAACCCAUUUGCUGCUGAACAUUUUGGACAUCACAUAAGCAAACAACUUGGCAUUGGACUUAGCGAUAACUGGAGUCAAGUGAGGCUUGCAUCUUCAGAGUGUGCUCGUAAAUUUCUCCUCUCCUUUGAAUCUGAGGAGGAGAGAGAAGUCUUUUUCCCUGAACUAUUGCCAAAAAUGUGUUUGAACAGGUAUUACAUUGCUGAUGGGGUAAGAAUAUAUUCUCAAGAAAGCUGGCGCAGAAUUGUUAAGGAAAAUGGAAGAAUGUUCGUAAAGAAAUAUAUUGAUAGAUUUGUUCAGCAUUACAUUUCUCAGACGAAAGCUGAUAAUCAUGCUGUACGAGAAGCAGCUUGUGCAUGCAUAGCUGAGUUGGCUUCAAAGGUUGAUCAAGCAGCUACAAAGCCAUAUGUAUCUCAGUUGUUACAAACUCUUCUUGAUUGCUUUAGCGAUGACAGUUGGCCAGUGAGAGAUGCUGCUUGUCUGGCAUGUGGAAAUUUUGUUCUUUGCUUUGCUGCUGAGUCUAAGGGUGUUUUGGACAAAUUGUAUCCUUUGUUUUUUACAAAUCUUAAAGAUGGAAUACCAUCUGUUCGUCAGGGAGCCUCAGGAGCUCUAGCAAAUGUUGUUAAAGCAUAUGGUAUGGAUGCAUUUUUGACAAUAAAACCUCAAAUUAUUCAUGGGUUGAAGAAUGUUCAAAAUCAGCCUUCAGAAUCUGAAAAAUACGGUCAGUUAGAUAAAGGGCCAGCAACAUUUGGUGUUGUUAAACGCUUAAGAGAUAAUGAUAUGGAACUUCAUACAAAUCAACAAAUGUAUUCAUGUGGCUCCCUUGCUCCAAAAAUGGGUCGUGGAGGUGGAUGCAGUGAUCACAAAUUUCGAAAACCAUCAGAACCAUGGGAACUUGCUGAUGGUUGUGUUCAUUUGGUUGCUGAAUUAUCUCAAAUUGGUGAGCUUACUGCUCAGAUUUGUGAAAUGCUGCCACUCCUUCAUGAAGCAGUCAGUCAUAAACAUUAUACCCAUCAUGUGUGUUUGCUUGAAUCACUUUGCAAGCAGCUGCCAAACAUUUGCAAGGGUAUUGGUAAAAGAAAUUUCAAGCAAUAUUUAGAACUUUUCCUAGAUGACAUAUUUUAUAGCUUGACAUGUGAAAAUAUUCUGACAUCCAGUGCUGCAAGCCAGUGUCUAACAUUGCUUUCUAAUUUAUUAGGAGCAAAUAUUUUACGUGCUAGAGUUGAAAAUUUCAAUCUGAGAUUUUCAGAAUAUAACAGAUAUUUUGUUUUCUGCUAAUUUGGAAAAUGUAUAGAAGGACCGUAAAGUUUCUGGAACUGUCUGUAAAUGUUAUUUUUCCUUAAAUAAUUCUUGUGUGCUUUACACUUCUAUAUGAAAUGAAAGAAAAUUUCAAAUCUAAUUGACAGCAAGGAAAAAAAUAACAGGUCGCAUAUUAUUUUCAUUGGGAAGAAAAUGUUUCAGUGGAAAUCAAAUCUUAGUAGGAUGCUGUUCUAAGGAACACAUUAUCUUCAUUUUCUACUGGGAGUUUUGGAUAUUCAAAUUUAAGCAUGCCGAUUCUAUCACAAUUGUUGAAUCGUGCAGAAAAUCCAAAAAUAGUUAACAGCCCAGAAGUUGUGGAUAAAGGUCCAUGACAUGAUUUCAGCUGAUCGCUUAAGAAAAAUGUGCAAAACUAAAGAAGCUGUGGACAUCUCUUAUAGCUGAAGAGUUAAUAUUUUACAUGAAAAAAAACUUAUCUUAGAAAAAACUUUGUCCAAGAUGAAUUCAGUUUUUGCUCUAUCUUAAAUGCAUUCAGGCCUGAAUCUAAGUUGAAUGUUUAGAAAUUUUUAAGAGAAAUUCAUCAGGUUUUGAGAGACAUUUUUUUUUUUUUUUUUUUUUUUUUUUUUUUUUUUGUGUGUGACAUAUGACUCUAGUAGAUGGAUUCAGUAAUUGCCACUAGAAACAAAAUGCAGUCAAAGCAGUGGAUUAAAGAAUGUGAACAGUUCCAAAGGAGGCAGAAAUCUUUCAGUCUGUUGGAAAGGGGAGAUCAUUAGUUUUUUUUGGGGGGAUAGCAAAAAAAAAUUAUUUAUUAAUUGUGUCAAAAAGGAAAAAAAAAGUUAUGUUACUGGCAAAUAACUGAAAGUAACAAUUUAGAAGAUACAUUUAGAAAUAGUCAAGAAAAAAAAUGCUUUUACCACGACUCACAUGUUAAUUCAAAUGCAAUAACUCUACAAAAAUUGUCAGUUUUGUAAUUCCAGAUUCUUCUACAUUCACCAUAUGUACCUGAUUUGGCUCGUUCAGAUUUAUAUCUAAUCUUUAAUAAAAAAUUAAUUGAGACUAUUAAUGGAUAUUUGGGGCUGCAUGUUUAAAGUCUCUAUUGGGGGGGGGGAAAUCAUGGACAAAGCUCACUGAGUUUUGAGAAUGCUAUGAUAUGAAGCAAAAUAUUAGUUGAAUGAAAUUUAUUUUAUUUGUCAUUCCAGACAGUUUUUUAAUCUAUCCUCAUAAAUACAAAAUUUUAUGAUAAAGAAAUAUUGAAUGUUUUUGCCAUAAUAACAUCUUGCUAAAAGUUUUCAAACUUUUUUCCAGAUACCUGAAUUUAAUGGAAAAAAUUGCAGAGAUACACCCUUAAGUGCAGAAUGCUUCAAUGAGCAUAGAUUUAGUGAAUGUAUCUUUAUAUUUUCAAAUGGAGGUUACAUUGUGGAUUUUGCUGUACAUAGAAUUAAAGGUUUACUUUCUCUUUUAA